AUGGCUGCUUCUCACAUCCUCCUAUUUUGCUUGACCGUCAGCUUUGGGGAAGGUGCGGUUGGCAAUGACCGCAUUGAGCACACAAGACUGUAUGGCAACAUCAAUGCCUACGCGUACUACUUUGCGGAGCUGUUAGUUGGAUCACCGCCUCAGGCGGUUUCGGUCAUUGUGGACACAGGCAGUGCUCUUUGUGGCUUCCCCUGUGUUGGAUGCAGCCACUGUGGGAACCACCUCAAUCCGCUUUUCAACAUGAAGGCUUCAAACACGAGUCAAUCGCUUCCCUGUGGCAUGGGAUGCGACCGCUGCCAGGCGGAUCGCUGUGGCUACCUGGAGUCCUACACUGAAGGCAGCAGUAUUUCAGGCGUGUGGUUCAAGGAUCUUGUCAGGCUAAAUGGAUCGGAUGGGGACAACCAGGCUGUGUUUGCAUCUCUGGGAUGUCACACAGAUGAACGAAAGCUGUUCUACACCCAAACAGUCAACGGCAUUUUUGGCCUGGCCCCCCACAAGAUUACUGGCAGUUCCAACGUGCUGCGAGACAUGUUCAAAGACCAAGCUCAUGUCCGUGACGCAGUUUUUGCCUUCUGCCUAGCAGAAUGGGGCGGCAUGCUGACUGUUGGUGGCUACGAUUCUAGCUACAAUGCUCCUGGGGAGACGCUCUCGUGGGUGAACUUGCACCAUGUCGGAUACUAUGGUGUGGGCUUGCAACAAAUCAUAUUUGAUGGAAUCGUGGUUGCAACACAGCGGUCAUUUGGCACGACCGUGGUUGACACGGGCACGACCUUUACCUACCUUCCACAAGAAAUCUACUAUUCUCUUGAGCAGGCUUUGACCAACCGUUGCUCGAAUGAGAAGUGUGCUGCCUCAGCGGAAGGGGAUAGCUGCUGGAAAUUGACAUCGGGAAGCCACGCAUUCCCCUCACAUUUCCCCAACAUUUCCUUGAUGUUCACUAGUGGAAGCCUACAGGUUGCAGUCAACUGGCCAGCAACCGCAUACAUGUUCCGGGGAGGGCGCGGGGAUGUUUGGUGCUAUGCAUUUGCCAACAACGGCAUGUCACGAGAGACGGUCCUCGGCAUAUCCUUCUUCCUUCACAAGAAUAUAGUCUUUGACACCACGCAAUCUAAGUUGGGGGUGGCAGAGGCCAAUUGCCCCCAGCACCACUACCACGCGAAGAUCAAUACCGACUUUCCCGAACCUGAGCCUUCAUUUGACCUGCCACCUGCUCGCGCUGCGAAGGCUCAGACGCAGUGGGUUGCCAUUAUGCUUGGUGCUGCUGGCGUUCUCUUAUUGCUUUUGUCUUGUGCGAUGUGCGCUUGGGCCUACUGCAUGAUGGAUACUGAGGACACGAAUGAUAAAGACACCGAAAUGGGUAGUCGCUUAGUCUAUCCUGCCAAGUGA